UGGUAACCCAGACGAACAAAGUUUAACCAACCGGCCCUAAUAAUUAUCAGACAGAAAUCAUUCAUCUCUCACUCACACCUACGCCCUUAAAAACCGAACGCCGCCACUCACCGCCGUUGAAUCUUCUCCGGCAGCAGCCAUGGCGACUCGCGAUGGCGGUAUCAAGUCGUCAUCUAUUAACGGUGUUAAAAUGUAUACAAUCGCUUCGCAGCAACCCUCACUUGCUUCAUGGGUUCCAACCAAGAAGCAGCAAUCUCACCGCCCUGUCAAAAGUUAUACUCAAAAUGUGCAACUUAUUGAAGACUUGAGGUUCACUACUGCAACAACAAAGAUUAAAGCAACUCCUGAUGGCGAGUUUAUCAUAGCUUCAGGUAUAUAUCCGCCGCAAGUAAAAGUGUAUGAGGUCAGGGAGUUGGGACUAAAGUUUGAAAGACAUUUGGAUUCAGAGAUCAUUGAUUUUCAGGUUUUAUCUGAUGACUAUUCAAAACUUGCAUUUUUAUGUGCUGACCGCUCUGUUAAUCUACAUGCAAAAUAUGGAAAGCACUACAGUUUGCGAAUACCAAGGAUGGGAAGGGAUAUUACUUAUGACGAUUGGUCUUGUGACUUGCUUUGUGCCGCCUCUUCCCCGGAUCUGUACAGAAUUAACUUAGAGCAGGGGCGAUUUCUCUCCUCCCUUAACACUCAAUCCCCCGCAUUGAAUGUAGUUUGUCGAAGCAAGCUUCAUGGGUUAGUUGCCUGUGGUGGUGAAGAUGGUGCCGUGGAAUGCUUUGACACACGUGUGAGAUCUUCUGUUGGCAGAAUUGAUGCUGUUGGACCUAGUGGUGAUGUUGACCAGGAGGUCACAGCUUUAGAGUUUGAUGGUGAUGGGGGCUUCUUAAUGGCUGUUGGAAGUAGUGCAGGAAAGGUUCUCAUCUACGACUUGCGCUCAUCACUUCCUGUACGAAUACAGGAUCAUAUGUAUGGCAGCCCCAUAUUGGACAUUAAGUGGCAUCGGACUCUUAACUUCGAACGACCAAUGUUGAUUACUAGUGAUAAUCAUGUUGUUAGGAUAUGGGAUCCUGACACGGGAGAAGGCUUAACCAGCAUUGAACCGACAACAGGAGCAAUAAAUGACGUGUGUACAUUUCCUGGUAGUGGUUUGAUCCUGUUGGCCUUGGACUCUAGCCAAAUACCAUCUUACUUCAUACCAUCCCUGGGACCUGCUCCCAAGUGGUGUUCUUCUCUAGAAAAUUUCACAGAGGAGCUAGAAAUGAGUGGACAAACAACUAUUUAUGAUAAUUACCAAUUUUUAACCAAGGAGGAGCUUGACAGGUUAAAUUUGACACAUCUGAUUGGCACCAAUGUACUUAGAGCUUGCAUGCACGGCUUCUUUAUUAAUUAUGCAUUAUACAAAAAGGCAAAAACUUUGGCGGAUCCUUUUGAAUUCGAAGCUUAUUAUGAACAGCACAAGCGAGACAAAUUAGAAGCUGAACGGGCCUCAAGAAUUACGAUCAAGAGAAAAUUACCCAAAGUUAAUCGGACCCUUGCAGCUCGCCUCUUUGAAACUGAAGAUACUGAAAAUGAGAAGAGAGAUGAUGUCGAGGAGAAUGAAACUAAAAAAUCAUCCAAGAAAAAGAAAGGGAUCAGCAUGCAAGAUCUUGAAGAUGACAGAUUUAAAGAUCUAUUUACAAAUGAGGAAUUUGAGAUUAAUGAGAACUCUGAAGAAUAUCUGGCUUUGCAUCCCAUGGGUGCUAAAAAGCAAACAUCCUUGUUAACAGAGCAUUUUGAACCUGUGUCUGAUGACGAUCGAAGUCUAGGUGAGGAUGAUGCAUCAUCUGAAGAUGAACCUGCAAAUAAAACAAAUGAGAAAACUCGAGUUCCAAGGAUGUAUGAAAUUAAGAAUGAGCAGCAUGCAGAGGCAUUCUGGAGCCAAAAAUCACUUGCAGCUGAGGAAUCACUUCCUAUGGGAGAUAGAGUGGCAGCUCUCAAAGAUGACAGAAGAACCUCUAACAUUCCACGCGGUGUUAAGCAGGGUCCUGGAGGAUCACGGGAAAUAACCUUCACUUCAAGAAACAAAGCAUCCUACAACGAAGAUGACGGAGUUAAAGUGGAACCCCGGAAAAAGAGGGGAGUUCAAUCAUUGGGGCUGAAGCCCCAGGGAUCAGGGUUUAACGGCCGUGGUCGUGGUCGCGGUGGUGGUCGUGGACGUGGUAGAGGGGGCCGUGGGCAUGGCAGAGGAGGACGUCGGUAGUAGCCUUAACACAAAUGUAAAUGGCAUUUGAUUUCCUAGAGAUCUUGCUUGAUCUUUAAGGUGGCGUCAAUGGUUGAAGACCAGCUUUGUUGCAUAGUUGCACAACCUUUAAUGAUCAUUUAUACCUAUCAUCCUACGUCCUAAUAGUCUACUUAUUUACAUUUUUGUUCUUUGUUCUUUAUUUAGAAUUCUCUAUCAAGAUAAAUUUUUGUAAAGCUCACCUGACUUCUUACCUUAUUAAGGGGAAAGAAGAGGAGGCUUGAGUUGUCAAUUUUGUAAUCUCAAUUGUGUUUUAUGUGUUCGUGCCCACACCGGAUGAAUUGCUACCUACUUGUACUGAAUAUUAGUUUAGAUUGAGAAAGAAAUGCCAAUAGAAGGUGGUUGAUGAUUUCCCAA